CCGUCAGAUGUCGCUAGUGUUGCUUACCAAAAGUCAUGGCGGAUCUUUUUCACAAUUUUAUAUAGAUUUGCCGCAAUUCGUGGGUAGAUUUAUAAUUAACGGCGUCGAAAAUAAUAGCUCGUUCAUCGUACGGUGAGUGCCCAGCGACACGCGUCAUAUUGCCACUAGUAUCGGCCGGAUUCACCUUAGUAUCGAAGACGGACCGUGGACGGGUCGUCUCAGAUUUCGGUGGCUGAGUAAAUAGUUAGAAUCGUUCAAUUUCGACGUCGCACCGUACUGUAAUCGAUUCACCGCUAUAGUAUGACGCAAUAGUCGCCCGGCAGCCCGGACGCCAUAGGAUUCGACAGUUGAGAAACAGAUAGAGAGGCGGUCAUGAACGAAGGGGCGCCGAUGCUGUACGCGAGUGGCGGCGGCUUCGGGGCGCCGGCGCCGAUGUACAUGAUGGGCGGCGGCGGCGCAGCGCUGGAGCGCGCCCGGCACUACCCACUGGACGUGCUGCCGCCGGACGCGGCGCCGGCCGCCGGGCCUGCGGGGCAAGCGCACCAAGUGCGCCGACACAUGCGCCGCGACCACCAUCAUGCCAAGGGUGAUGCCACGGCCUUCGGAUAUGACUCCGAUGACUCCAGUUUGUCGAGCAACGCCUCUGGAUCCAAUAAGUCUGGGGAGAAGGGCGAGGGUCCGGCUCGCAGCUCGGAGCUGCGCCCCGGCGCCGUGGUGGGCGCGUACGCGGGCUACGGCCAGCGCGAGUGGCGCGGCCGCGCGCGGCGCGAGCCCCGCCGCCGCAUCGCGCCGGACAGAUACCUCAACGCCUCCUACCCCUUCCAGGUCAAAUUCACACCGGACGACUUGCUCAAUGGUUCAGAAUGGGACACAUUAUCACAGGAGAUUUGGGAGAAGUUUGUCAAGUCGCAGCAGACAGAGGAGACAUUCCGCAAGAAGAUGAACCUCUGGAGGUACCUCUACAUCACCAUCAAGUCAAUAUUCCCGCGCUACGGGUUGUACGUGGUGGGGUCGACAAUGUCGGGCUUCGGGCUGGACUCGUCUGACAUGGACCUGUGCCUCUACGUGCGGCCGCUGGACAACCUCGAGCCGCGGGCGCAUGCGCUGCUGCAUCUCAACUACAUACUCUCUUACAUCAAGAGCUUCGACCCCAACGCGGAGGUGAUCCAAGCCAAGGUGCCGAUCCUGAAGUUCCGCGACGCGCACGCCGGCCUGCAAGUAGACCUCAACUGCAACAACGUCGUCGGCAUCCGCAACACCAACCUGCUCUACUGUUUCUCCACGCUGGACUGGCGUGUGCGCCCUCUGGUGGCACUGACGAAGCUGUGGGCGCAGGCGCACAACAUCAACGACGCGCGCCGCCGCACUCUGUCUUCUUACUCGCUCACACUCAUGGUCAUACACUUCUUGCAAUGCGGCACGCGGCCGGCGGUGCUGCCGCGCGCGUGCGCGGCGGGCGCGGGCGCGGCGGGCUGGCAGGCGCGGCGCGCGCCCAACCGCACCACGCUGGCCGAGCUGUUCCUCAACAUGCUGCGCUACUACGCCGAGUUCCCCUACGACAAGAUGGCGGUGUCGGUGCGCGCGGGCGGGCGCGUGCCCGUGGCGGAGUGCCGCGCGGCGCGCGCGCACAAGAACGACCCGCACCAGUGGAAGCUGCUGUGCGUCGAGGAGCCCUUCGACCUGACGAACACUGCGCGCUCGGUGUACGACCCCGAGACGUUCGAGAAGAUCGUGGCCACGUUCCGCGACAGCUACACGCGGCUGGCCGCCAGCCUGCGCCUGGCCGACGUGUGGCCGCGGCCGCGAUGAUGGCCCGCGCGUCCGUGCAGGUGUACGUUAGCGUAGGAGCGCGCAGGCCGCCGGGCGCCGACGCCGUAGGAGCUAGCGAGGGGCCGCCGUCCCAAAUAGAGCCGCACUAUAAUGUUACGUUACAAACACGGGCUGUGAUAUGCGACUGAUCCCCUAC